GCCUCUUACGUCAGCGCGUGAUAUCGUUCCGCGGGCGGGAGUUCGGCGCGGCCUUUUCCUCGCGACAGCGGCUGAUGAGAAGCAGCACCGCGGGAACGGCUCGGCUUCGGUAUUAGGCGCGGACGCGACUCUGACUCGACUCUCCCGUCAGGAUGGAGCUGAUCACAAUCCUCGAGAAAACCGUGUCUCCAGAUCGGAAUGAGCUGGAGGCGGCGCAGAAGUUUCUGGAGCAGGCGGCCAUCGAGAACCUGCCGACGUUCCUGGUGGAGCUGUCCAAGGUGUUGGCUAACCCCGGGAACACGCAGGUGGCGCGAGUGGCCGCCGGGCUGCAGGUCAAGAACUCGCUGACCUCCAAGGACCCGGAUGUGAAGACGCAGCACCAGCAGAGAUGGCUGGCCAUCGACGCCAGCGCCCGCAGAGAGAUCAAAAACUACGUGCUGCAGACUCUGGGAACAGAGACCUAUCGGCCCAGCUCGGCCUCUCAGUGUGUGGCUGGCAUCGCCUGCGCCGAGAUCCCCGUCAAUCAGUGGCCCGAGCUCAUCCCUCAGCUGGUGGCCAACGUGACGGACCCCAGCAGCACAGAGCACAUGAAGGAGUCCACGCUGGAGGCCAUCGGAUACAUCUGCCAGGACAUCGACCCCGAGCACCUCCAGGACAACGCCAACCAGAUCCUGACGGCCAUCAUCCAGGGCAUGAGGAAGGAGGAGCCCAGCAACAACGUCAAGCUCGCCGCCACCAACGCGCUCCUCAACUCGCUGGAGUUCACCAAAGCCAACUUCGACAAGGAGACGGAGAGACACUUCAUCAUGCAGGUCGUGUGUGAGGCCACGCAGUGUCCAGACACCAGGGUGAGAGUGGCUGCGUUACAGAACCUGGUGAAGAUCAUGUCCUUGUAUUACCAGUACAUGGAGACCUACAUGGGCCCGGCGCUGUUUGCGGUGAGUUCCCUGAUGAGAGUUUCCCUCCUGACCAGCUUGAUCUGAGAGUCCCAGGGCUCGUUCUGGUCCAACGUCUGCGACGAGGAGAUGGAUCUGGCCAUUGAAGCCACUGAGGCCUCUGAACAGGGCCGUCCUCCAGAGCACACCAGCAAGUUUUACGCUAAAGGAGCUCUGCAGUACCUGGUGCCCAUCCUGACACAGACGCUCACCAAACAGGAUGAGAACGACGACGAUGACGACUGGAACCCGUGUAAGGCUGCGGGCGUGUGUCUGAUGCUCCUGGCCACGUGCUGCGAGGACGACGUGGUGCCGCAUGUGCUGCCCUUCAUCAAAGAGCACAUCAAGCACCCGGACUGGCGCUACCGCGACGCCUCCGUCAUGGCCUUCGGCUCCAUCCUGGAGGGCCCCGAGCUCAGCCAGCUCAAGCCGCUGGUCAUCCAGGCCAUGCCCACCCUCAUCGAGCUGAUGAAGGACCCCAGUGUGGUGGUGAGGGACACCACGGCCUGGACGCUAGGACGCAUCUGUGAUCUGCUGCCCGAGGCCGCCAUCAAUGAGGUGUAUCUGGCCCCUCUCCUGCAGUGCCUGAUCGAGGGCCUCGGGGCCGAACCCCGCGUGGCCUCCAACGUCUGCUGGGCUUUUUCCAGUUUGGCUGAAGCGGCGUACGAGGCCACAGACGCUGCUGACGAUGAGGAAGAGCCCAGCACAUACUGCCUGUCCUCCUCCUUCGAGCUCAUUGUCCAGAAACUGCUGGAGACCACAGACAGGCCAGACGGGCAUCAGAAUAACCUGCGAAGUGCAGCGUAUGAGGCUCUGAUGGAGAUCGUGAAGAACAGCGCCAAGGACUGUUACCCCGCGGUGCAGAAGACCACGCUGGUCAUCAUGGAGCGACUGCAGCAGGUCCUGCAGAUGGAGUCUCACAUCCAGAGCACCUCAGACAGGAUCCAGUUCAAUGACCUGCAGUCCCUGCUGUGUGCCACCCUACAGAACGUGCUGAGGAAGGUGCAGCAUCAGGACGCGCUGCAGAUCUCUGAUGUGGUGAUGGCGUCUCUGCUGCGCAUGUUUCAGAGCACUGCUGGCUCCGGAGGCGUUCAGGAGGACGCUCUCAUGGCCGUCAGCACUCUGGUGGAAGUUUUGGGCAGUGAUUUCUUGAAGUACAUGGAAGCCUUCAAGCCUUUCCUGGUUAUCGGCCUGAAGAAUUUUGCGGAGUACCAGGUGUGUCUGGCUGCGGUGGGGCUGGUGUGUGAUCUGUGCCGAGCGCUGAUGGCCAACAUCCUGCCUCACUGUGACGAAAUCAUGCAGCUGCUGCUGGAGAACCUGGGUAACGAGAAUGUGCACCGGUCUGUGAAGCCCCAGAUCCUGUCUGUGUUUGGCGAUAUUGCUCUUGCCAUUGGUGGUGAAUUCAAGAAGUACCUGGACAUUGUGCUGGACACUCUGCAGCAGGCCUCGCAGGCACAGGUGGACAAGACGGACUAUGAUAUGGUGGACUAUCUGAACGAGCUGCGAGAGGGCUGUCUGGAGGCCUACACUGGGAUCAUCCAGGGCUUGAAGGGAGACCAGGAGAACGUGCACCCUGAUGUAAUGCUGGUACAGCCUCGUGUUGAGUUCAUCUUGUCGUUCAUUCACCACAUCGCUGAGGACGAAGACCGAUCCGACGGAGUGGUGGCCAAUGCUGUCGGACUCAUAGGUGACCUGUGUACAACCUUUGGCAAAGACGUGAUGAAGCUGGUGGAGGUUCGACCUCAGAUCAACGAUCUGCUCUCUGAAGGCCGGAGGUCCAAGACCAGCAAGACCAAGACCUUAGCCACAUGGGCCACGAAGGAGCUCCGCAAGCUGAAGAGCCAAGCUUGAUUACCGGCCGUGGAGCUUCUACCAAGAAUAAUGGAAAUCAAACCCACUGAGGUUUCUUCUGUCUUUUACACAUAGACGUCAAAGCAGAAGUGACGUGUGUGCUGAGAUGAGUGUCUGAGAAUGAGUGAGAAAGAGUGAGAGAGAGACAUCACACCACCUUCAGAGUUCAACUCCAGCAGCAGCAGCAGAACAACUCAGCGGCCAACACCUUCCCCUCAUCAAGCCCUCUUCUCAUGUCUCUGACCCCACUAAUAAACUAUUCCACACCAUCCACAUUCUCCCUUUGAAAAGCUAGUGCAUCAUAUUAGUGCACGCUUGCCAGCCUGUCUGCGUUUAGCUCAAGAAAGGAAUACAUCUUUGGGCACGUGUAAGGUGUUGCGACUGCAGAUGUUCCCUAUUACGCAACACAUUUGUCAGAAGACACAAACAAAAAGAAGGAAGUGAUGCUGCUGGAGUUUGUAAUGGCGUGACUGGAGUGUGAGUGUGUGAAUGAACGAAGGGGGUCGCUGGCUCCACAUCCCCUUUUUAUUUCAACCAAUAAUAAAUAAAGAUGAUAAAUAUCUUGUUUGCAAAUUCAGUGAGAUGCACUUGUGUAAACAGGAGAGCGGCAGGUGGUCAGGGAUGGGCAGCACUCGGGUGAUCUGGCGACGAGCGCUCAUCCUGCUUUCUCAGUCAAUUGCUGCGCUAUAUUUUUUUCCCCCUCCUUUUUAAAAAAAAAAUUGAAUUACAAAUAAAUGGUUGUGUUAUUAGUAUGCUAGCAUGGAUGGUGUAGAUAGACACCUGGAAAGACUUGCCACUGGAGGUGCAGGUUCUAGCAGAGCAGUCCAUGUUCAAGGGGUGCAGGAAUUAGACACUUCCACUUCCUCCUUUAUUCUCCUUCAUUUGUUUUGCAGGGAAAUGAGUGCCAAAUCCAUGCGGAUACCAAUGGACUUGAGCGUAAUGUGUGUUGACACGUAGAAGACGCGAAAUAAACAUGUCAACAUGUCGCAAUCUGAUUUGCAUUGAUGUGCUUUGGUUGUAAUUUUUUUUCUUCUUGCGGCACUUAAUUGGAGUCAUUCACCAAGCUUUUAAAAAAAGAAUGAACAGAAUCAGACGUUUGUAUGAGGUUAUAUUUUUCCAUUGAUAUGAAAAUAAAAUGAAAUUGAACCCUU